GACUACAGGGGCGCAUUUGAGCCAGUUACUGCCAAAGUCAGUCUCGUCUCGACACUACUGUUACAAACUUUCUCGAUCUGUCAGGAGUCAUGUCGAGUAACAGCGCCGGCGGUUUGGUGAGUCUGCAGAAGAGCGUCAAGCAGCUGCGAUUUGAAGCAGGAAUCCGCAGAAUUAAGGUUUCUCAAGCUGCGGCUGAGCUGAAGGCAUUCUGCUUGCAAAAUGCCCACAAGGACCCUCUCCUCAUGGGGGUGCCAUCAAGCGACAACCCCUUUCGACCACCCAAAUCAUGUGCGCUCUUCUGAGGAGUCGUGAAGAAUGUGGAGAAACUUCUGAACAUUCCUCUUUCACUCGAAUGUUUUCACUACACGACCCUCAGAUCCCCUUUACAUUACAGCAGAGCUGGUUAUCAUCAUUACUAUUACACUAAAUUGUUUAAUUUUGUAAGCUGCAUUGGGACUUGAAGUCUUUCACGUUCGGUUAUGUGAGUUUUGAGGAAAACCUCUGAGAAGUGAUUUAAAAGUGUUUAAUUUGUAUACUGUUAAAUAAGGACAUGGUAGUGCAAAAGUUACACUAGUAGGAGGAAAUUAAAGUGUUUAGUUGGUCAAACAGUCCACUGCAAAAGUGAUGACAAAUAUGCAAAAAUAAUUGAUGCAUUUUUUUUUUACUGUGUAGUCAAGUCCAUUUGAAUACCAGCCUUACACAGAAAAAUUUCAAAACGCUUUCUUGUUGUAAUGUGUUUAGUUUAGGAUGAAACACUGAAUUUCUUUAUUGAUACAAUUAGGCUUAUAUACAUGGACUGUUGUUGCCACGAAACUCAUGUAUUUAAGCUAAUUUAAUUGUAUUAACCACAUAGCUCUAUUGAAGGAGAGAGAUGUCUUGAAUCUCAGGUUCUUUUUGAUUAAGAUCGAUGCUGUGUGUUUCUGAUAUAAAUUCACUUUUCUGAAUACUGAGUGAGGUACUACCUUUUAUUCAAAUGUAUUUUCUCUAAUCUAGUGGGUAAAGGUUUCUUUACAUUUCUUAAAUGUUAUAGUGUUAACACAAGACACGAGUGCAGAAUUAUAUCUGUGUUUUUAGUGAUAUUUGCUGGUGAAAGGGUGCUGCCUGCCUGUUAUGCUUUUACACUAAGAAUUUGAACACCAAAUGACUGAGCGUAUCAGCUGGCCUGUUUUUGCAUGUACUCUCAGCCCUCACAUGCUUACUAAUCUCAUCUUAUAUCUGUACUGUAUCUUUAUCAGUCAACCACUGGACAUUCAUGCAAAUGUCAUUUUUACUGCUGUCCUGCAUUGAUAACUUUUUCAGUCUGUUUACCUCAUGUAUGUCUUGCGUUUUAAGUUUGAUUGUGCCUACAAGAGCAACAUCUGGUUUAUUUGCAGCAAGAUACCUAGCCUAUAUACUUUUCCUUACAAAACUGAAUCAAGAUGUUGUUGGUAAAUAAGAUGUCAUUGAUAAAUAAAUUAAAAUGACUGAGCCUGAAAA